UACAGCAGCCUGGUUGGGGCGGGAGUAGAUCCAUCGUGUCCCGAAGUCCUUAUCCACCCAGCUCACGAGGAAGCCACGGGAGGAUGAGCUCAACUCCGCGUCGCCGGUCGGAGAAGGAGGAGAGGCGUGGAUGCGAGCCAGGGAGGCGGAUUGGCUCGCCUCCGCUGCAUCGUGAGCGCCGCUGCCUCCGCAUCCACCUUGCUCCACAGAGCAGCAUGUGUGCUGAAGUAGGAACAGGCAACCGCGAGCAGAUGGCGUCAGCGGCAACAGCAACACGCACGGUGCGUGAAGUCUGGGUAAGAUGGUCGCGGCCUCCUCACAUACAUGCCCGACAGCUCGGAACGCACACGCCCGACGCACAUGACGUAAGAGUGGAAGCACGCCGGCGGCAACAUGCAGCGCCAGGUCCGGGAGCAGCCCAGCCAUGCGACUCCAUCCUCACCUCCACUCAUAGACCCAGAAGCAGCAGUCCGACAAAGGCCGACAAAUGAGAUUGUAGGUGUGUUCUUGGGGCAUGUUUCUGUAUUUCUUUUGCUAACACCUGUUAGAUGUUGUGCUGGCACUUCCUAUAGAUGCUCAAAAAUGGUAAAUGCGAUUGAGCAGGGGCUUCCUUUUUGACUUUUUUGUCGCCUCUUCUUUUAUCCCUGAUCUCCCUGUCUCUUGUUGUUUUGUCUUUUCACUAUUAUUGCUUCACAGAUAAAGGACUGUGCUCAAUCCAGGUUUUGGUAAAAUAUCUGAACUAUGGUAAUUGGCAGUGUAGGUUGGCGUUGAAGCCUGAUGGUGUUUUUCGUAGAAGUCAUGGUUGGAUCAACUUUUUUUUUUUUUAACGAGUUGGAUCAACUUUUUGUCCACUGGACAUAGCAUAUUUAGAGCUUUCUAACAUAUACUAGUUGAAAGCCUGUGGGCUGUGCCACGAGCUUUUUAAUUUUCUUUUGCCCAACUGCACGCACAUGAUACAAGGCAUAUAAAAAAUAAUAGUUCUAAAUUUUUCUCUGGUUACCUGUCUUGUUGCCAUGGGUCUUUUAAUUCGUUUUUCUGAUUGCACGUAUGAAUAUAAUACGUAACUGUUUCGCACUCGCCCUACUCUGUCUAACACCCUCCAUCUCUCUCCAUACCCAUCUCUCUCCCACGCCCUCUCUCACACACAAAGAUGCUUCAU